GGCGGAAUAGUACUGAAAAGGAGAUCGAUAUGGAGGACGCCCACACGAAAUCAACCAUUGAGGUAUUACAAUAUUUUGGUGUUAAUGGUGAUGUUGGUCUUACCGAAAAACAAGUCCUUCAAAACAGAGAAAAAUAUGGUUCCAAUGAAUUGCCAGCCGAAGAAGGCAAGAAAUUAUGGGAAUUAAUAUUGGAACAGUUCGACGAUCUCCUUGUCAAAAUUUUGCUUCUUGCUGCCAUCAUCUCAUUUGUACUAGCGUUAUUUGAAGAGCAUGACGAUCAAACAUCAGCAGUCACCGCUUUCGUUGAACCUUUUGUAAUUCUGCUGAUCUUAAUAGCAAAUGCGACAGUCGGCGUUUGGCAAGAAAGAAAUGCCGAAAGUGCUAUAGAAGCUCUUAAAGAAUAUGAACCAGAAAUGGCAAAAGUAAUGCGUGAAGGGAAACACGGCAUUCAAAUGAUUCGUGCUAAUGAACUCGUACCUGGUGAUAUCGUUGAGGUUUCAGUGGGUGACAAAAUUCCUGCAGAUUUGCGUCUGAUAAAAAUUUAUUCAACAACACUACGAAUCGACCAAUCAAUUCUUACCGGUGAAUCAGUUUCUGUAAUCAAGCAUACGGAUAGUGUACCUGAUCCAAGAGCCGUGAAUCAGGAUAAGAAAAAUUGUCUUUUUUCCGGAACAAAUGUUGCUGCUGGGAAGGCUCGCGGUGUUGUCUUCGGCAUUGGGUUAAAUACAGAAAUUGGUAAAAUUCGUACUGAAAUGGCUGAAACUGAAACAGAUCGUACACCACUGCAGCAGAAGCUUGAUGAAUUUGGUGAACAACUGUCUAAAGUUAUUUCAAUCAUCUGUGUAGCUGUAUGGGCGAUCAAUAUCGGUCACUUUAAUGAUCCUGCUCAUGGCGGUUCAUGGAUUAAGGGUGCUAUUUAUUAUUUCAAGAUUGCUGUUGCGCUUGCUGUUGCUGCUAUCCCAGAAGGCCUUCCUGCUGUUAUCACUACUUGCUUAGCUUUGGGUACACGUCGGAUGGCGAAGAAAAAUGCUAUUGUACGUUCGUUACCAUCAGUGGAAACUUUGGGUUGCACAUCGGUAAUUUGCUCUGAUAAAACCGGAACACUUACUACUAAUCAAAUGAGCGUUUCGAAGAUGUUUAUUGCGAGCAAAGUAACUGGAGACGAUAUUGAUUUCCUCGAAUUUACUGUUAGCGGAUCAACCUAUGAACCAUCAGGACAAGUAUUUCAUCAUGGACGGCAAGUGAAUUGUGCAAGCGGUGAAUUUGAGGCUUUAACCGAAUUGGCGACUAUUUGUGCAAUGUGCAAUGAUUCUGCUGUUGAUUAUAACGAAACGAAACAUGUAUAUGAGAAAGUUGGUGAAGCAACGGAAACAGCACUAGUCGUUUUAUGCGAGAAAAUGAAUGUGUAUGGAACAAAUAAGACGGGUUUAUCACCUCGCGAUCUGGGAAGUGUUUGCAACCGAGUAAUUCAACAAAAAUGGAGGAAAGAAUUUACUUUGGAAUUUUCACGUGAUCGGAAAAGUAUGAGCGCGUUUUGCAUACCAUCAUCGGGGGGAUCGAGUGCAAAAAUGUUUGUGAAAGGAGCACCCGAAGGUUACUUUCAUAUUGCUUUUUCUUUCAGAGAAGUUUCAUUCUCAUGA